CGCCUUCUGGUUCUCGGCUCCCCGGGUGCAGCUCUCCCAGCGCUGAGCGCUCGGCGCUGGAAGGGCUGCCCGCGCAGGUCACUGGGGGCCGCGGCUGGUUGGCGCAUGCGCACGGCGCCUCGCGGACUCGCGCGCCUUUUCGCCUCCAGGGUUGCUCCGGGUUCACCCGAUUUUACCUGGCGGCAGUGUGAGGUCUCUGCGUUCAGCAUGGAGCGGAUGGAAGAACUGGAGCUGCUGCUGAAGAAGAGUUUCGGGGAUGAGGCUGCGCCGCCGGCGAAGUUAUUUCAGAAGAAGAAGGUGGAAGCUUCCUUUCCUAAAACAGUUCUGAGCCGAGGAAUGGAUAACCGGUACCUGGUAUUAGCAGUCAAUAUUGUACAGAAUGAAGAAGGAAACCAGGAAAAACACCUAAUCAUCACUGCUUCCCAGUCGCUAGAAUAUAAAGAACUGUGUGUCCUUAGGAAUAACUGGUGCUCUAUACUAGUAGAGCCAGGGGACAUCAUUCAUUUGGAGGGCAACUGCAUAUCAGAUACUUGGAUAAUAGAUGAAGAUUUUGGAUAUUUGAUUCUAUAUCCAGACAUGCUGAUUUCUGGCACAAGGAUAGCCAGUAGUAUUCGAUGCAUGAGAAGAGCUGUCCUGAGUGAAACAUUUAAGAACUCUGAUCCAGCCACACGCCAAAUGCUGAUUGGUACGGUUCUCCAUGAAGUAUUUCAAAAAGCAAUAUGUGAUAGUUUUGACCCGGAAAAGCUACAAGAGCUUGCUUUUCAAACUGUUCAAGAAAUAAGGCAUCUGAAGGAAAUGUACCGCCUAAAUCUGAAUCAAGAUGAAAUAAAACAAGAAGUAGAGGAGUAUCUUCCUUCAUUUUCUAAAUGGGCCGGAGAUUUCAUGCAUAAACAUACUUCAACUGACUUCCCUCAAAUGCAACUCUCUCUGCCAAGUGAUGGUAGUAACAGUGAUUCAACAUGUAAUAUUGAAGUUAUCAACUCCCUGGAUAUUGAAGAAAACAUUUGGUCCCCUAGGUUUGGAUUGAAGGGCAAAAUAGAUGUUACAGUUGGUGUGAAAAUACAUCGAGGAUGUAAAACGAAAUAUAAGAUAAUGCCAUUGGAACUUAAAACUGGCAAAGAAUCAAAUUCUAUUGAACACCGUAGUCAGCUUGUUCUGUACACACUGCUAAGCCAAGAAAGGAGAGCUGAUCCAGAGGCUGGCCUGCUCCUCUACCUGAAGACUGGCCAGAUGUACCCUGUACCUGCCAACCAUCUCGAUAAAAGAGAAUUAUUAAGGCUAAGAAACCAGAUGGCAUUCUCGUUGUUUCACCGUAUUAACAAAUCUGCUACUGGAGAGGAGAAGACAAAGCUUGCUCCUUUGCCACAGAUAGUUGAGGAACAGCAGACCUGUAAAUAUUGUUCACAGAUGGGCAACUGUGCUCUUUAUAGCAGAGCAAUUGAACAACAGAUGGAUGACAACUCAGUGCCGACCAGCAUGCAGCCCAAAAUAAAAGAAGAAACCCAGCAUCUAAAGCUUACACACUUAGAGUAUUUCAGCCUUUGGUGUCUAAUGUUAACCCUGGAGUCACAGUCAAAGGAUAAUAAAAAAAAUUACCAAAAUAUAUGGUUAAUGCCUGCUUCAGAAAUGGAGGAGAGUGGCAGCUGUAUUGGGAACCUGAUUAGAACAGAACAUGUGAAGACGGUUUGUGAUGGACAUUAUUUACAUAACUUCCAACGUAAAAAUGGUGCCAUGCCUAUCACAAAUCUAAUGGCAGGUGACAGAAUUAUUUUAAGUGGCGAAGAAAGAACAUUGUUUGCUUUGUCUAGGGGAUAUGUGAAGGAGAUUAACAUGACAACAGUAACCUGUUUAUUAGACAGGAACUUGUCAGGACUCCCAGAAUCAACUUUAUUCAGAUUGGACCAGGAAGAAAAAAAUUGUGAAAUAGAUACCCCAUUAGGAAAUCUUUCUAAACUGAUGGAAAAUACUUAUGCCAGCCAAAAACUUCGAGAUUUAAUCAUUGACUUUCGCGAACCGCAGUUUAUAUCCUACCUCAGUUCUGUUCUUCCACGUGAUGCAAAGGACACUGUUGCCUGCAUUCUUAAAGGUUUGAAUAAGCCUCAAAGGCAAGCCAUGAAAAAGGUGCUUCUUUCAAAAGACUACACCCUCAUCGUGGGUAUGCCCGGAACAGGAAAAACAACUACAAUAUGUACUCUUGUAAGAAUUCUCUAUGCCUGUGGUUUUAGUGUUUUGUUGACCAGCUAUACACACUCUGCUGUUGACAAUAUUCUUUUGAAGUUAGCAAAGUUUAAAAUUGGAUUUUUGCGCUUGGGUCAGACUCAGAAGGUACAUCCAGAUAUCCAAAAAUUUACAGAGGAGGAAAUUUGCAGAUCAGAGUCCAUUAGAUCUUUAGCUCUUCUAGAAGAACUCUACGAUAAUCAACUUAUAGUUGCAACAACAUGUAUGGGAAUAAACCAUCCCAUAUUUUCUCGUAAAACUUUUGAUUUUUGUAUAGUGGAUGAAGCCUCUCAAAUCAGCCAACCAAUUUGCCUAGGGCCACUUUUUUUUUCACGGAGAUUUGUGUUGGUGGGGGAUCAUCAGCAGCUUCCUCCCUUGGUGCUAAACCGUGAAGCAAGAGCUCUUGGCAUGAGUGAAAGCUUAUUCAAGAGGCUGGAGCAGAAUAAGAAUGCUGUUGUGCAGCUCACCGUGCAGUACAGAAUGAACAGUAAAAUUAUGUCCUUAAGUAAUAAACUGACAUAUGAAGGAAAGCUGGAGUGUGGAUCAGACAAAGUGGCCAAUGCAGUGAUAAACCUACCUAACUUUAAAGAUGUAAAGCUGGAACUGGAGUUUUAUGCUGAUUAUUCUGAAAAUCCUUGGCUGGUUGGAGUAUUUGAGCCAAACAAUCCUGUUUGUUUUCUUAAUACAGACAAGGUUCCAGCACCAGAACAAGUUGAAAAGGGAGGUGUCAGUAACGUAACAGAAGCCAAACUUAUUGUUUUCCUGACCUCAAUUUUUAUUAAGGCUGGUUGUAAUCCCUCUGAUAUUGGUAUCAUUGCACCAUACAGGCAGCAGUUAAAGGUCAUCAAUGAUUUAUUGGCGCAUUCUUCUGUUGGGAUGGUCGAAGUUAAUACAGUAGACAAAUACCAAGGAAGAGACAAAAGUAUCAUUUUAGUAUCUUUUGUUAGAAGUAAUAAAGAUGGAACUCUUGGUGAACUGUUGAAAGAUUGGCGACGUCUUAAUGUUGCUAUAACCAGAGCCAAACAUAAGCUGAUUCUCCUGGGAUGUGUGUCCUCACUAAACUGCUACCCUCCUUUGGGGAAGCUACUUUAUCAUCUAACUUCAGAAAAAUUAAUCAUCGAUCUUCCAUCAGAAGAACAUGAAAGUCUUUGUUACGUAUUGGGUGAUUUUCAAAGAAAAUAAAGCACUCUUCUCCUUGCUUUUUUCAUACCAUCAUGAUCUCCUCUAACUCUUGCCUAUUAUUUUUAAUUUGGAUAUGCUGUAAAAUCAGUGCCUAGAUACACUGUGAAGAUAAUUUUUAUCCCAAGGGUAAGAAAUGAUGUAAAUAUACUCUUUCAGAGUUCCAGUUUUUUGUUUUAUUUAUUUUUUGCUAUAACCUUGUUAAAUAUAAAGUUCUAUUACCAUACAAAAUUUAACAUAGUAUUUAUUUUUUUAGUAUAGGUGUACCCAACACUGAAAAGUCUAAAUUUAUAGGUAUUAUAUAAAUGUGUUUUUGUAUGACUAGAGUUUGAUAAUUUCUACCAACUUUUAAAGAUGGAUUAACUUUUCAAUCUGAGGUUUAAACUUUUAAGCUUAAAUUUUCAAGAUUAACUUGAUCUUGUAGAUUUUUUAUCAUAUUUUGUUUAUUUGAAACACUAGGUAAGAAAAUUGAUUUGUUUUUGUCAUUUAAGCACAGUCUUGUAAUUAUGAGAACGUAAGUAUGAUUCUUUUAUGUAUCUGAGUUCCCUGAUCCAAAGUCCAUUUUGCUGUUUUUUUCCUGACUUUUGCUUUCUGAUGUCAGGGAUGUUUUCACUUUAAACCUAGUCUUUAAAAUGAUUAUUUAUAAAUUUAUUAUUUGCAAUUAAUUUCUGAUUCCCCUUACUCUCCCACUUGUUAUUUUCAGUUUUUAGUAUUUUAGAGAAGAUAUAAGAGAAAAUAAUUCUUACUGUUCUUUUGAGAAGAAAUUUUGUUUGCUGAAUUGAUGACAGAUUAAAAAUGUGUAUCCCCUAUUUUCACCUAUUCAUGUUCACAUGCCCCUUUGUUUUGGUGCAUUACUCAAUUUUCCCUUUUCAUGUGAAGAUAUUUUGUAAAACAGAAUUACCUUAAAGUGCUUGAUUACUUGUAUGGUGACCAAUUUUAAUCUUAGUGUAUCCAUCUUUGGGGGGCAGAAUCUCUCAUUUCUCUCAAAGUUUUGUUUUGUUUUUUAAUGAAUGUUAAGUAUGUUAAAAAUUGUUGCCUCUACCUCACAUUUUAAAAAAUUAUUACUUGAAAUUUUUAUUAAAUUGU